GGAAUUAGGUCACCGGUUUUUAGGGUUUAUCUGCAGCGAGGAUGAGGAGAAUGGGGUUUCCGGCGGUGGUGCUGUGCGGGAUUGUGGCGCUCGCCGUGACGCGCGCGGCGGAUGGAUCGUCGGCGCCUUCGUUUGUGAAGAGCACGAUCGAUAAUCACGACAUCGUGAUUUUUUCCAAGUCUUAUUGCCCCUAUUGCCGGAGAGCUAAGUCGGUUUUCAAGAGCUUGAAUGAAACUCCCCAUGUUGUUGAGCUGGAUCUAAGAGAGGAUGGAGACGAGAUCCAGGAAGCGUUGCAAGGCCUAGUGGGACGCCGCACUGUUCCACAAGUUUUCGUUGGUGGUAAACACAUCGGUGGCUCUGAUGACACUGUCGAAGCUCAUGAGAGCGGACGCUUGGAGACGAUCAUAAAUGGGAUAAGAAAAUCGGAGCUGCGAUGAUCCGGUAACUUCCCUCUCGCCAUAAUAAAUCCCAGCAACGAACCAUGAUUCGCAGGCAAAGCAGCACGAUUUCCAGUAGGGACAAAAUAAGCUAAGCACUCAUAUAUGUAGUUACAGACAGCUAGCGCAUUUGUUUGGAGUCAUUCGAUGCCAGUUUGCUUCAAACCUCUGAAAAAAACUAUUGUUAUUCACAUAACGUGCGCUCUUUGAUCUGCACAGAACUUUUUCUUUUUUU